UGGAAGGUUGACGUAGCGUUCUGACGUAUGACGCAGGACGUUACGUCGUCACUGCGUGUCUACGUUCGGAUGUUUGGCGCGGAAAGGAAACUGGCUAGGACAAGGUGCUAACAACACCGGGGCUUCUGGGACUUCACAACAGCAAGGGGGCACAGAGUGCUGAACCAACAUGUUAAACGGUGGCCAGUUUGUGGAGGCCUUGGGCCGUCUAGGUUAUCCUGGUGCAUCGUCGUUGAAGGCCUCCGACUUCGACUGGCUUUUUGACUGUGCCCCGGAGAACCUUCACUUCUUGCGCUUUGUCUGUCGGACCCUCAACCAGAGCAACGUUCUCACCGCGGAGGAGGCACAUGCUUUUCAGGAGCUACGAAAGUCUGGCAAGCCAUGUCUGGAUGAAGCAGCCUUGGGAGAGGUCCUUAAAACCAUCGGACCUUCGGAUGGGAGCAGUGCCAACAUCUUGGGGCCCUCUUCUUCAUCUUCAUCCUCCGUGUUUGCAGCCGAGGGGGAUGUGGCCAUAGAGGACUUGGAGGCAGAGCUCCAGGCGCUGCGUAAAGAAAAAGACCUGAAGCAGCGGCGGUUUAACAGGUUGCAGGUUGUGGCCACCACCCGUGCAGAUGUUGACCUACGACUCACUGCAGAGCUGGAGAGUGAUGCAUGUAAGCUGAAGGAUGCCAGUGCUUCCAUUGGAGCUGAGAAUGCUGACACCAACACUCUAUUACAGAACCUAACAGGUGAGGUGAGGAAGCUUGCUUCACAUCUCCCAGAGGCUACGCAAAAAGGGAAAGGAGACCCUGUGACCUCGUUAAACCCUUCUAUCUCCAAAAGCCCAGCUGUCCUCUUCUCUCAGCUGCCCCUGGAUCCUUACCUGCAUCAGGAGGAGCUCAACACUAAAACACUAGCUGUCUUCACUAAGAAGCAUUUCUUCCAGGGCAUCGCUGACAUUGUUGAGACUUCUUGCUCUGAGCGCUUCCAGGUCCUUGACCUCAGUUCUUGCGAAGAUGGAGAGGAUGAAGAGAAUCAGCACGAGGGGAGAGGGAGGGAGGAGCAAAUGGUGGAUGGCAGGAGGACGGAGAUGGCCAGACUUCAGUGGUCACAUAUUGUGGCCCAGCACCAACUGAUGCAGGCCAGUGCAGAGGAGAAGAGUGUCAAGGCUGGACUGGAAUGGCUCUCUGAGAAGUCCUCUCAUACCAAGAGCAUCUCCAUGUCCUCCUCACUGCAUGUCCGUGAGGUGGUGUCCAGGAAGGAGCUGCAGGCGGUGGAGGCUGAGCUGGAGGCCCUGCUCCAUGGACCAGUACCCGCUGCCCUUAGAGAGUCAGCCAAGUUGCUUAAUGUGCCGGUAGUGAGGGGAGACCUGGAUCUGCAACUAGCCAGGCAGGACUACUACACCUCCAGACAGGAUCAGGUUCGAGACUGCCUACUCCGCCAAAAGGCGUCCUUUGAGAUGGUGCUCCUGGGUCAGGAGAUGGAGUUAAGGAGGUGGAGGAUGUGUCUUAAGCAGUUGGGGGAAGUAAAUAGCAGACUGGUAAAGGAAGGUGACGCGGCAACCCUCAGAAUUGAGUCCCUGGCACACCCUGACCUGGCUAUCAACCCCAGGCCUAACCCGAUCAUCAGCUGCAAGGAUGCAGCCUUCAGCAGGCUGCUCCAGAUCCUGGACCAUGAUCCAGACCAUGGUCGCUCAGAGCCUUUUCGGACGUAUGAAGCAUUGGACCAAGCAGCUCGUGACCUCGCAGGCAACCUCCAGGUGACCCGAGAUGCUCUAGCUGGUGCCGGCCGUACGCAGGACUACACAGCUGCUCGUCUCUAUGGCGACUGUGAGGCGCUCCACAGGGCAAUGUACACAGAGCUCCAGCAGCUGAUCUUAGGGCCGCAGGUACGUCCAACGGCCAUCACUGACCAGGAGCUCCUUUGCCCCAAUGCACAGGUGGGUUUGUUUCCUUUCAUUUUAUGCACAGUCAUCUUGGUCAACCACACAGAGUGCCUUUCAGAAGCAAUCCUUAAUGAGCUGACGGUGAAGCUUGUGGAAACAGAGUCUCAGCUGCAGAGUUUGCAGCAUGUAAUGCAAGAAAUCAUGGGGGAGGUUAAAGCCAAGCGUUCUCAGCUGGAGCGCAAUGCCCUCCUCAGGCGGGAGAGGGAAUUGUACAUCUACUUCCACUUGGAUGCCCGGCUGCUGAAGAAAGUAGUGGAAGAUCUGGAGGGCAAAAUGAGUGCGAAGAGAGGCCAACAGUAAAGCCUGCCAGAAGGAAGGAGGAGCACUCUACAUUAACGUACAGUUUCUCUGCUAAGGGAGUCGAUCUGUGCUAUAAAGCUUAACGAUGUCUGAUAAGUACACUGUGCUUUCAGUGGAGGAGGUUAACUAAGGAAGCCUCUCCCUGGUACAGUUUGUACAAGUGUGAACUUCCUCAAAAUCUGCACCUUCACUUGUUUUGUGCAAGAGACGGAGAUCAAUCCCUUUCCCCAGUCUUCAUUUUUGGGACAGAUCACAACUUGGGAAAAUGUUUGGUUCUUUAUGAGAAAUGCUGCAUAUAAUUAUUGGGAUUCAUUUAAAAUGUGUUCAUUUCAAACAGUUCUUACAUAAACUAACCAGAUAAUUUAAUGUGUCUUGUUUUGUCCUGUGAUGUUCUAAAAUACAUGUUUUCUUUUU